UGGAGAGCGCUGCUGGAUCUGCAGUGUAAGACUGGAAACAUCAAGGCUGAAUGGACUUUAGCGUCAAAAGAAGUUCUCCGCUGUUAACACGAAAAAUUAACCACAUCAAAAUGAAGCAGGUACCAGAGAUCCUUGGAAAUGCCAAUGGGAAAACACAGAAUUGUGAAGUGAAUCGUGAGUGCUCUGUCUACUUGGGCAAAGCACAGCUUUCUGCCACUCUACAGGAAGGCGUCAUGCAAAAAUAUAAUGGCCACGAUGCUCUCCCGUUUAUUCCAGCUGAUAAAUUGAAAGAUCUAACUUCUCGUGUGUUUAACGGGGAAUCUGGGACCCAAGAUGCCAAGCUGCGCUUUGAGCCUCAAGAAAUAAAAGGAGUUGGAACACCACCCAACACUACUCCUAUCAAGAAUGGCUCUCCAGAAAUUAAGCUGAAAAUCACUAAAACUUACAUGAAUGGAAAACCUUCAUUCGAAUCCUCCAUUUGUGGAGACAAUGGUGCGGAAGUGUCCCAGUCAGAAGAAAAUGAACAAAAAACAGCAAACAAGGAGCGGAGAAAUAGAAAAAGAAGCAUAAAAUAUGACUCCUUACUUGAGCAGGGUCUUGUCGAAGCAGCAUUAGUUUCAAAGACUUCAAGUCCCACUGAAAAGAAGACUUCUGUGAAGAGAGAUGCAACUCAAAUUACAGUUAAAGAAGACAAAGUCCAUCUAUUGAAAUACAAUAUAGGGGAUCUAGUCUGGUCAAAAGUGUCUGGUUUCCCAUGGUGGCCAUGUAUGGUUUCAGCUGAUCCUGUUCUUCAUUCCUACACUAAAUUAAAAGGACAGAAAAAGAGUUUUCGUCAGUAUCACGUACAGUUCUUUGGAGAUGCCCCAGAACGAGCUUGGAUAUUUGAGAAAAGCCUUGUGCCAUUCAAAGGAAAAGACCAGUUUGAACAAUUAUGCCAGGAAAGUGCAAAACAAGCCCUCACAAAAGCAGAGAAAAUAAAGAUGUUAAAGCCUGUUUCAGGGAAACUGCGACCCCAAUGGGAGAUGGGCAUAAAGCAAGCAAGUGAAGCACUAGGCAUGUCAGUGGAAGAGCGGAAGGCCAAGUACACCUUUCUCUAUGUUAGAGAUAGACCUCAUCUUAAUCCUCGAGUGGCAAAAGAAGUUGGUAUUGCUGUGGAACCUUUAGAGGAGAUAGAUGAAUUGUCUUACGGAAAUGAAGGAACCACUCAAAGUCUGAAAUCAGUGAAGGAAUCUGGCAUUCCCAACAAGAGAAGGAGAAGGACAUCAAAACUGCCUGCAGCAAAUGAUACUCAAGAAAGUAAUGAGUCGGGGACUAAGAAUACUACACCCCAAAAGGCAUCUGAACAGGCAGAAUCCAAAAGAGGGAUAGGCUCCCCUGUCACUAGAAAGAAAACUGCAGCAUCCACUCCACGAAGCAGAAAGGGAGAUGCAGUGUCUCAGUUCUUGGUCUUUUGCCAGAAGCACAGAGAUGAGGUGGUUGCUGAACAUCCAGAUGCUUCAAGUGAGGAGAUUGAAGAACUGCUUGAAUCGCAGUGGAACAUGCUUAGUGAAAAACAGAAAGCUCGCUAUAACACAAAGUUUGCCAUAGUGACCUCUCCCAAAUCUGAAGAAGACUCUGGUUCAUCAUUGAAGAAUAUUGGAGAGACCAAACGUAAAGUGUUUCAAGACUCACCUAAAAGGAGAUCAAGAUCCAGAAGUAACUUACAUGGAAAUAAAAGAAAACAAAAAAAGAGGACAAAGGAACCAACAGAAGAUUUUGAAGUUCAGGAAGCACCUAGGAAAAGACUCAGGAUGGAUAAACAGAAUAAUCGGAAGAGGGAGACAAGCAAUGACAAAACAGCAAAAACAAACUCUACUAAGGUCACAGAAACCUCCUCUUCACAAAAGAACCAGUCAGCAAUGAAAAAUCUGUCUGAUGCAUGUAAACCACUGAAGAAGCGAAAUCGGGCUUCAGCAGCAGAAUCUUCAACUCUUGCUUUUAGCAAGGGUUCAUCUCCUUCAGCUUCCUUAACUGAGAAUGAGGUCUCAGAUGGUCAAGGAGAUGAGCGGUCGGAGUCUCCCUAUGAAAGUGCAGAUGAGACUCAGACAGAAGUAUCUAUAUCAUCUAAAAAAUCUGAGCGAGGAGCUGCAGCAAAAAAAGAAUAUGUAUGUCAGCUGUGUGAAAAAACAGGUGAUCUCCUGCUUUGCGAAGGAAUAUGUUUUGGAGCAUUUCAUGUAAGCUGCCUCGGGCUGUCUGGGAGACCAGCAGGAAAGUUCAUCUGUAGUGAAUGUACAUCAGGUGUGCACACCUGUUUUGUUUGUAAGGAGAGAAAGGCAGAUGUGAAACGAUGUAUUGUAUCCCACUGCGGAAAAUUCUACCAUGAAGCAUGUGUAAAAAAAUUUCAUCUUACUGUGUUUGAGAACAGAGGUUUUCGAUGUCCUCUCCACAGUUGCUUGAGCUGUCAUGUUACUAACCCCUCAAAUCCAAGAGUGUCAAAAGGCAAAAUGAUACGGUGUGUUCGCUGCCCUGUGGCUUACCACGCUGGAGACAUUUGCAUUGCUGCAGGCUGUGCUGUGAUCGCUUCCAACAGCAUUGUGUGUACCAAUCAUUUCACAGCCAUGAAAGGAAAAAGUCAUCAUGCGCAUGUCAAUGUGAGCUGGUGCUUUGUGUGCUCAAAAGGAGGUAGCUUGUUGUGCUGCGAGUCAUGUCCUGCAGCAUUUCACCCAGACUGUUUAAACAUUGAAAUGCCAGAUGGUAGCUGGUACUGCAAUGACUGCAGGGCAGGGAAGAAACUCCGUUUCCAGGAUAUCAUUUGGGUCAAGCUAGGAAAUUACAGAUGGUGGCCUGCAGAAGUUUGCCAUCCAAAAAACGUCCCUCCAAAUAUCCAGAAAAUGAAGCAUGAAAUUGGAGAGUUUCCUGUGUUUUUCUUUGGUUCUAAGGAUUAUUACUGGACGCAUCAAGCUCGUGUAUUUCCAUAUAUGGAGGGAGACAGGGGGAGUAGAUACCAAGGAAUUAAAGGAAUUGGAAAAGUCUUCAAAAAUGCUUUGCAAGAGGCUGAAGCUAGAUUUCGAGAAAUAAAACUUCAGCGAGAAGCCAAAGAAACCCAGGAAAAUGAACGUAAACCACCACCGUACAAACACAUAAAGGUGAAUAAACCUUGUGGUAAGGUUCAGAUUUACACUGCUGAUAUUUUUGAGAUUCCCAAAUGCAACUGCAAACCCACAGAUGAAAACCCUUGUGGCUUUGAUUCUGAAUGCCUAAACCGGAUGCUGAUGUAUGAAUGUCACCCACAAGUUUGUCCAGCUGGAGAACGCUGCCAGAAUCAGUGCUUUACCAAACGUCAGUACCCUGAAACAAAGAUAAUCAAAACGGAUGGCAAAGGCUGGGGUUUGGUUGCCAAGAGAGACAUAAAAAAGGGAGAGUUUGUGAAUGAGUAUGUUGGUGAACUAAUUGAUGAAGAGGAGUGUAUGGCAAGAAUCAAAUACGCACAUGAAAAUGACAUCACUCACUUCUAUAUGCUCACUAUUGAUAAGGAUCGUAUUAUUGAUGCUGGUCCCAAAGGAAACUAUUCUCGUUUUAUGAAUCACAGCUGCCAACCAAAUUGUGAGACUCUAAAAUGGACAGUAAAUGGAGAUACACGCGUAGGCCUGUUUGCCGUGUGUGAUAUUCCUGCAGGGACAGAGCUGACUUUCAACUACAAUCUUGACUGUCUGGGCAAUGAAAAAACUGUCUGUAAAUGUGGUGCCCCAAACUGCAGUGGAUUUCUUGGGGACAGACCAAAGAAUUCUUCCACUAAUGCUUCAGAAGAAAAAGGCAAAAAGACCAAAAAGAGAACGCGGAGACGUAAAACAAAAAGUGAAGGAAAGAAACAGUCUGAAGACGAGUGUUUCCGUUGUGGUGAUGGAGGACAACUUGUUUUGUGUGACAGGAAAUCUUGUACGAAAACUUAUCAUCUCUCCUGUCUUGGUUUGGUGAAACGUCCUUUUGGAAAGUGGGAGUGUCCGUGGCACCACUGUGAUGUGUGUGGGAAACCUUCCAUGUCUUUUUGCCAUUUCUGCCCAAAUUCUUUCUGCAAGGAACACCAAGAUGGGACAGUACUAAAUUCUACAUUAAAGGGACAGUUAUGCUGCUCUGAACAUGUUCUUGGGGUAGCUUCUGUUGCAACUCAGAAGACUCGAAGACACCCCAGAAAAAUGACCAAGUUGAAGCGCAAGAGAAGACAAAGGACCAGAUGGAUGAGAGCUGAAUGCAAAUAGUAAUGGACUGCAGUAUCUACUGCCAACACUAUCUUGUAGAUAAGUUGUGAAUAGGGCCAGGGAAGAACAUGGUUUUACAUAUAUUCUGUAAAGGUUACAUUUUGGGAGGGGAUGCGGAAGCAUUUUUUGUUUUUGUGUUUUUUUAAAUCCACUGAGCCAACCACAGCAGUCUUCUGCUGCAUCUGCACUGAUAACGAACUGUGGCAUACAUAGUUCAGAAUUUUUCAGGACAAACCAAACUUAUUAUUCAGCAUUACAGUUACACUUGAAUUGUUACGAAUGUAUAAGGUUCCCUCCAAUAUUUUUCAAGUUGGAGGUAGGUUAAAUCAAAGCAGGUAGGCACAUUAUAAAUGUAGGUUUUGAGAUGUAUUUGCCAUCCAGCAGAUGUUUAAAAUAGUAUAUCCUUGAAAGAAAUUAUUAGGUGUCAAGUUUUUUGGUCUAUAGUCCCAAUUUAUAUCUGAUUGCCUUGAGUGAAUUGUUGAGCAAGUAUUUGAGUGCCAUUUACAACCCGGGUGCUUAUCUGAUUAUAAUCAACACACUUUUUAAUUUGUUCUUGCUCUUAUAAAAUGGUUGUCUAGUUGUUCUUAAAGAUAUUUUUAAUAUCCUUCAUGAAGAAGUACAGUGAAUGGUGAGAAAAAGCUCACCUGUCCUAGAGAGGGAAAACCUUAUAAAAGAUUUUUUUUCUAUACUGUUUUUUCCUGUAUUUCAUUUUAGGUAAAUAGAAAUACACUUGAUCUUAUAGAGUUGACAAGUCUGGACUCAAAGGGAUAUUGUUUUACAAUCUCGGCCCAAUAUUUAGGAUUUUUAUGUUCUUAAUAAAAAAAAAAAUCUUACAACACCUAAUAUUAAGAGAAUAGUUCAUUAUUUUUCUUAAAACCAAUAAAAAAUUUCACAGGCAAUCAUGUCUGCACUCAAUCCAAACCUUGCAGCUUUGUGAUAGUGCGAGAAAUAGUGACUUGAUAGCAAACUGCAGAAUGACAAGUCAGUAGAAAUUAUUUUAAAAAUAAACUGGAAUUUUAAAGAAACACAAUUAUUAAAAUAAUAAAUGUGACCUACUUGUCCCUUUCUAAAUAGCAUUUAUAAAACGGACUGCUUGACUUCAAGAACAGACUUUGUCAUUCCAUUCUCGUUGAAGAGCUCAGAAUUUGUUUCAGUAACACUUUUAUUUUCUUGACCCCUGUUAGGUUCCAGACUUGCAGUGUGGUGCAUAUACAAGACUUAGGUUUAAUGGAAAUCACUGUAGAACUAGGAAAAAAUGGUGAAGGAAAAUAUCUUAAAUAAUUUUGCUUACUAUUUUCUACCUUAUAUGUGUAAUUGGUGUGCAGUGAGGCAGUGUUAUAAACCAGUUCUGACUUGUGCAGUCAUUACCUACCCCAUGGAAACACAAUGUGGGCCUUCAUGACCAUUUAAUAAUUUGUAUAUGUUCUAGCUUAGUGUGCCUUUAAUAGUGCAGAAACUCUGUGUAGGUUGUUUUUUUUAAAUGACGCAUAGCUAUAUUAUAAAGUGUAUAUUUUUUCAAAGUAUUUUUCAGGGUUUAAUUGCAGUUCUAGUUAUUUGAAUGAUUGAAAUCUACAUCUGUUCCCAGUACAUGAGAAUGUUUACUUUUUUAUUAGAUUUUAAUUGCAGAAGUUCUAAAAUGUACCAUUAUUCUGUGCUAAGAACUGAUUUUUUUUUAAAUUUCUUUUGUAAUAGAGCAACUGCUUUGUUUUGUGGAUCAAAAUUUUAUAAAUACUGUUCGAAGGUU